CUAUCAGAUAUUCCCUUGAUCCAGAGCCUAACCCAUCUGCACUCACCCCCACAGAUGCUGAGUCACAGAAGCAGGCCAGGAGACCCGGAGGUGCUUGACAUGCCCUUGUUGGCGGAUGCAUUGAAGCCACCUGAGGGCAAGCCUCCACAUGACUCCUGGGUAGGAUUUUAUAUGGAGCCACUCCCCUGUCUUUUGACAGCGAUUUCACAUGAUGUCAAUCAUGGAGACAACCCCGAUAAAACAGACGCCAGCUAAUGACACUACACCGAAUACAGACCAAUCUUCUUCAAGUAGGUCCAGCGUAACCACGUCCAUGAGUGCCUCAUUGAGGGAGAAGUUAAAAAGAGCACGACAUUCAUUCAGGUCCCCCCUCAGUGUGGUUAAACGGCUUAAAAUUGAAGAUAACAAUAAACCACAUACUUCACAACAACCUGGAGACACAAAGCACAGCGUGACUGAGGAAAGAGAGACUGAUACUGAUGUCAAUCAGAAUGAUAAGAGGGCGCAAAGAGACUGUUCACACGAUCACACAGCUGAGACUGCACCAAACGACUCGAUUCGGCAAUAUGAAGAGCUAAGAAAAGCAGUGAAGGAGAGAUCAGAAACCUUGAGAAGAUUAAAGAUGGUCCAGAUGUAUAGAAACAAGAAUGAUCUGACCCGGCUCCAGAUGCUCAUAGACAAAUGGAGAUCCUGUGCUCAAUCUGUGCUGUAUGAUUUACAAAGUGAAUUACCCACAGAGGGAAAACAAACUAGUCUGUCUCAGCUUAUAGACAACUUUGGGUUAGAUGACAAGUUACUGCACUUUGAUAGGACAGAGGAAGAAUUCACAGACACCUGAAAGUCAUUAUAUUAAUUUUUUUCACAUUGUUAAACCGGUUGUAACAUGUAAUUUCAGACCUGGUUAUUCAUUAAAACAUUUGGAUUGAGAAAAUGUACAGAUUAUAUGUGGAAUUGAUAAAACAUUGCAGUGUGAAUUUUGAUAGGUUUAUUAAACUGUAUUGUAAUUUAUUACACUUUUUUUGUGUUGUCAUGUCUGUCUAUUGAAAAAUUUAUUUUUCAAUCAAAAGCUGAAAUAAUAAAUCUGUUAUGUACCCUGAA